CAUACAUGUGGCCUGUCCUUCCAAAUGGAGAACUUAAUGAGGCUUUUGAUUGGCCAAUUGAAGGGUUGCUGAUUCCUAAUAGUCCCUCACUAAAGAAACCAGCUGGUAUGAAAUCAGAUUGGCUUAUGCCUGUGAGACUACGGGUGUUACACAAUGGAGACAUGGACAAAAGCAGGGCUGUCACCAUCGUUGUACCUGAUCUUACAACUAUACUGAGUAGACAAAAUAUUAAUGCAAAGAAGAGACAGAAAACAAAGGAGAACCAGAAAAUGCAUCCUGAUGAAGACACUGGAAUGGAUAUAUAUAGAAUAGAAUUCCAGCAUUUCUUAGAAAGGUGUACCACAAUGUUGAAUUUAUGCACUGCUGCUCGAAGAUUAUUCACUGAAAAGGGGAUGGAAGUCUUUAUUUUGAAAGACCUUGAAAGAGAUCAACUGGUAUACGUUUCAUGUGGAGAACAGUGGACUGAUCCUCACUUGACUAUGGCUCAGCACAAGAAACGUCUCCUACUUAAUAAUUUAGCAGCGGAUAUAUCAGCAAUCCACGCUUAUUGUAUCAUGUGUAGCCCUGAAAGUCUAGUAUUAGAAGUAAGAAGCAACAUCAUUCUUGGAGCCAAGCUGUCUGUGGAUAGAUUUGUUACUGCUUUAGAAGAAGAAAAAUUAACUGAGGAUCUGGAGGAAAACCAAACAGAAGAAAAUGAUGGCAAUAAAGAUUAUUCAGAUCAAUAUCCUGAUUCGCAUUCAAAAUCACAUCUUAAAACAGAUGCUUGGUACAUGAAAUACAAAUAUAAAUGGCAAGAGAAUUCUCCCAAUUUUGAUGAGUAUGAUAAUUCUUUAAAGGCCACAGAUCAAGAAUUCUUUGAAGAUGCAGAAUUAUUCCAGAAGUGCAGACCUCAACCAAAACUGAAAACAGAGUUUCAGAAGGGUCACCGUCAGAAGUUUGAGUUUAGAGACCAACAAAUUAUAGCCAUAGCAUUACCAGAUCUUGUUUUGGGGGUCAAUGAUAGUGACAUACAUGCUGGGACUAAAGUUGUGUUGGUGGAAAAGAAACCUGAUGAUACCAAUCAGCGCUGGAUAUGGAGAGAAUAUGACAGGACAUUUCAUUUGAUGUGUGAUCCAACUCUAGCCCUGGCAGUGUCAAUGCCCAGCACUCAGCCUACAUAUUCAAAAAGUGCAGUGGAAAUGAAAGGGUGUGCUGUUGUUCUUCAGAAAUAUAAAGAACACAGCAAUGGAGCUGCCAAUCAGAAGUGGCAUUAUACAGGAAAUACCGGAGUAUUUAGUGCCUUUUACAGAACAGUGCUAGACCAGGAAAUCACAGCAGCAAAUCAUGCUUCUGUUUGCACAUUCUCUGUUAUUAAUAAAGAGAAAAUAGACCAGCCUGGCUACUGUUUUCUUUCACCCAGUAAAAAGCAGAAAGUGAUGAUAUGUUUGGCUUGUGCAAGGACUAUAAGAGGAAAGAAAGAACUGAAAAACUUACCCCCAGGUAGCAUGUUCUUCUGUGCCUCUGGAGAAACAAGUUGUUCCUCUUUGGGGCCUUUUAAGUAUGUUAAAGUGACAAAGACUGAUUUAUCCACCUUGGAAGCUGAAAUCACCCUGAGUCAUUUAAAAGAAGUUCUAGCAUCUCUGCACACUGAAGUCUCUGUACAAACUAUCUCAGAAAAGAUCUCUGCAGUUAUGAACCAGAAAGCAGUAAAAAUAAUUGCAUACAGAAAUGGAGCUGGCUACCGAAAUGGGCAGUUAAUCAUUGCUACUACAUUUCCUAUGCUACUUACCAUAUGUACAAGACAACUUGACCUUACCAGGAAAGCCUGCAAACUAUACACCAGUGAUGGAACCCUAAUCCUUACUCUACCAGAUUUAGUUGCAUGGGCUGUGAGCAAAUGUUUUAGGCAAAGUGUCUCAGACAAAUGUGAAGAGACAACUGCAAUGGAAGAUAAGCAAAUGGAGAAAGAGAAGAUAAAAUCGGCUUUAUGCCUGGCAACUCCAGAAAGUUUGAACAUGAUUGAUGAUUCUCUGCUUACCAACAUUCUCAGAAAGCCUAUUGAGAUCUGGGUUUCCUGUGGAGAGCCUUUUUUGCCUUUGAAUGCUUUGCAAAAGGUAGAGAAGCAAGAAAAACAAAAUUGGUUUGAGAAGGACAGAAUUUUGGCUGAACUAAAUACCAUGAAACACAAAAUGUGACAACUGCAAGGGCGACAAAUAACAGCCUCUAAACCAGCUGUGCUAGUACCCACAAAAAGCGCAAUUCAGCCUAUAGUAGUAGAAGGAGGCUGGACUGAAAAAAACCAAGAAGAGAUGAAACUCCUGGAAAAUAUUCAACAUACAGAGACACAGUUCUCAGAAGUUCAAGCAUUGCAGUUCAAAAGAAGUUCUCCAUUUUCACCUAAACUGCUGUCAGGCAACCGCAGAUGUCUGUACAAUCAACCAGCUGCAAAAAGAGUAUGGGCUUGCUUGAAUGGUUAUAAACCCAAGCAAGGAGUUUAUGCCUGGGGGAAAACAAUUGCAGAGCUGCUAGAUAACUGUACCAUGCGGUUGAAUAUGCAACAGCCUGCCAAGGCUUUGUAUACCCCAGAUGGUGAGCUGCUCCAGUUGUGGGAUGAAAUAGACAGAGACAUGGUUCGGUGUGUGUCUGCCGGAAAACCUUUUAUGACUAGAGAAGCCAUCAAGCAGCAAGUGGAAGUUAGAGCCAUUUAUGCCAGAAUCCAAAAGCAGCAAGGUCCAGAUGCCACUAAUAUUGUUGUUUCUCCUUCAAAAAUUUCUAAAAGCCAGGUUGUAUUAUACAAACAUGUAGUCAUAUAUGUAGUCCUUUCUUUCUCCUUUAUACCAAGGCUAUAA